AUGAGGAACGGCGAUGACCUGGAGGGCUUCGACGGCGAGGCGUCCAGCACCUCCAUGAUCUCGGGGGCCAGCAGUCCCUAUCAGCCCACCACGGAGCCCGUCAGCCAGCGCCGCGGGUUGGGCGGCCUCCGCUGCGACCUGGACUACCUGCGGGGCACCUUCGGCAGGAUCAAGCUGGCUGAGGUGGUUUUGGCACUGAUUGCAUUCAUCUGCAUAGAGACCAUCAUGGAAUGCUCCCCUUGCGAAGGCCUUUAUUUCUUUGAGUUUGUGAGCUGCAGUGCAUUGGUGGUGACUGGAGUUCUGUUGCUUAUGUUCAGUCUAAAUCUUCACACAAGAAUACCACAGAUCAACUGGAAUCUAACUGAUCUGGUCAACACUGGACUCAGCACUUUCUUCUUUUUCAUUGCCUCUGUAGUACUUGCUGCUUUAAACCAUAAAACUGGAGCAGAAAUUGCUGCUGUGAUCUUUGGUUUCUUGGCAAUGGCAGUGUAUGCUGUGAACACUUACUUAGCUGUUAAAAAGUGGCGGAUGAGCAGCAGGCAGCAAAGCAGUUGCCAGAGCAGUGACUACAUCCGAGCUCGGACAGAGUCCCGAGAGGUGGAUCACCGCCCCGAGAUCCAGCGGCUCGACGCGUGACAGCCACCUCCACAUGCAGCUGCAAAGAACUGCUCAGCUCCCUGGUGGA